UGGUUGAUUCAGUCACUCCCACAGCAGCAUCACUGACAGUGACUGUAUCUAAAGCAGCUGAGCUUCUGCUGUCUCUGCUCUAUAACACACGAGCAGCUUCACACCAUGCUUGUUCUGGGUCUGAUCUCCUGUAUCGUGCUGAGAGCACUCAGUGCUCAGGCUAAAGUGGUCCGUAGCUUUGAGGAGUGUAAAGAGUUUUUAUACCAAGGCACAGAACCAAGAGGAAUGGAUCAGAAUGCCAAGAAAAUCUGUCAGAAGCUGCAAAAUAGAGGCUUUUAUUAUGCUUCUCUGUACUCGGUUCGUCACAAGAUCCCUCUCUACAGCGCCUACACACUGGAUCCUUACUGCUCAAGCGACACUGAAAGGAAAGACAUCUGGCACCUCGAGCCACAGAUUUCACAAUCUACACCCCCAAUGUAUCAUCAAAUCAAAAUACUCAAAACCUUUAUAAAGGAAAUCAAGCCAUCAGCAGCGACUACAGUCGCACCGGGUAUGAUCGUGGACACCUGA